AUGCUCAAGCCAGCUCUACAGAAUAGGGGUCUCCCUAGCUGUGGCUCUUUUGUGAAAGUGUUUUUUAGGUCGAUCUCCUCGAAACAAUGGCAGUCCAGGCAGGGAAAGGAUACCUACACCAAGGAAGCUGGCAUGCAGGGACUGAAAAGUCGAGCUGCCUUUAAGCUAUUACAGAUCAACGAUAGAUACAGGCUGUUUAAAAGUGGCCAAACAGUGGUUGACCUUGGGUAUGCACCAGGUUCUUGGUCACAGGUUGCCUUCAACCUCACGAAGCCCCGAGGACGAGUCGUCGGUGUCGACAUUAUCCCCGCCCAACCCCCAAGAGGAGUUUCCACGAUUCAGGGAAAUUUCCUCUCUCCAAGAGUACAGGAAUAUGUCAAGGACUUUGUUCGGGAUCCAAACCGCGGUCGGCCACGAUCGCAGUUACCGACGUCCAGCGAGCAGGAAGAAUCCUCACCGUUUACAAAGCCAGAUACGGAGACCGAUGGGGGCUACAUAGAUCUGGAAAGGAGCUCUAGCGCCCAUAUCAAUAAAGAGGGAGAUGAGGUUGCCCAACCUCCAAAUAAAGCCAAAGUAGGGUCGGUUGAUGUGGUUCUAAGUGAUAUGUUGAUGAACACAAGUGGCACCAAGUCCCGCGAUCACUUGGGCAGCAUGGAAUUAUGCAAGGCGGCACUUGAUUUUGCUUCCAACGUUUUAAAACAAGGCGGUCACUUCGUGUGCAAAUAUUAUCAGGGGCCCGGGGAAAAGGAGUUUGAAAAUGAAUUGAAACGGCUAUUCUACAGAGUGUAUCGUGAGAAGCCUGAUUCUUCCCGCAGUGAAUCCAAAGAAGCCUACUUCAUUGGUAUACGAAGAAGAAGCGAAAGGCCUCAAGAAGAUUAA